GCUACAAUAACGCGAGCACUGAAGGACAUUUCACAUGCAGUCUACCACAGGCAACGCGGACGUUCAUAGAUGUUGGUUCAAGACAUAUUGAGACAAACACCAAAUCAGCAAAACUAAUUUGAUGCAGCAACGAACUUGCCGGAGGAAGGUGAUUUAACUGAUUUGGAUAUGGACCUCGGACUUCCAUUUAGUUCUGUCUGUGCUGAAACACACCAGUUUGGCCUGAGAGUGAUGGUGAAAGAAGAAGAUAUUAAAGAGGAGGAAUAUGAUCACAUGAUUACAUGCCCCGAGGAAGAAGAAAAGCCCUUUGCAGAGUUUCACUGUGAAACUGAAACAGACGUCACAGAGUCACCAAGGUUUUCUUACAAUGAAAUACUACAGACCACAGUGAAGACUGAAGUGAAGAAAGAGGAGGAGGAGGAAGAAGAAGAAGAAGAAGAGCAUCAUGAACAUCUGCUGGAAAGUGUAUCAGAACACCCACAUACAAGGCAACAGAAGAUCCACGGACAGAAUGAUGAACUCAACCUGCAACAUGAAGGAAGGCUGCACCACUGCACCGUCUGCAGGAAGAGUUUCAUGGCCCUGACAGAACUCGAGAAACACCAGCAAACACACUCCGUCAUGGUGAAUCAAAAGAGGUCUCGCAAAAAGCCACGUAAAUAUUCUCGGUGUGAAAAAGCCUCCUCAGUAGUUAAGCACCACAUGGUUAUACACACUGGAGAGAAGCUUCAUGAAUGUACUCAGUGUGGAAAAGGUUUUUCACACAGGUCAAGCCUUUCACGCCACAUGCUUGUACACAAAGGAGAAAAGUCUCGUAAAAGACACAAGCUACAUACUGGAGAGAAGCCUCAUAAAUGUAUCCAGUGUGGAAAAUCAUUUUCAAACAGUUCAAAUCUUAAAGACCACAUGCGAAUUCACACUGGAGAGAAGCCUCAUAAAUGUGACCAGUGUGGAAAAGUUUUUUCACAAAGCUCAACUCUUAAAGACCACAUGCGAAUUCACACUGGAGAGAAGCCUCAUAAAUGUGCCCAGUGUGGAAAAUCAUUUUCAAAAAGUUCAAAUCUUAAAGCCCACACGUUAAUACACACUGGAGAGAAGCCUCAUAAAUGUGUCCAGUGUGGAAAAUCAUUUUCAAAAAGUUCAAGUCUUAAAGUCCACAUGUUAGUACACACUGGAGAGAAGCCUCAUAAAUGUGUCCAGUGUGGAAAAGGUUUUGCAUACAAUUCAACUCUUAAAGCCCACAUGCGAAUUCACACUGCAGAGAAGCCUCAUAAAUGUGCCCAGUGUGGAAAAUCCUUUUCAAAAAGUUUAAAUCUUAAGGUCCACAUGUUACGACACACUGGAAAGAAGCCUCAUAAAUGUGUCCAGUGUGGAAAAGGUUUUGUAGACAAUUCAACUCUUAAAGCCCACAUGCGAAUUCACACUGCAGAGAAGCCUCAUAAAUGUGCCCAGUGUGGAAAAGCCUUUACAAAAAGUUCAAAUCUUAAGGUCCACAUGUUAGGACACACUGGAAAGAAGCCUCAUAAAUGUGUCCAGUGUGGAAAAGCAUUUAGAACGUCCCACGAUCUUCAACGCCACAUGCUCACACAUACCGGAGUGAAGCCUUUUAAAUGUGUCCAGUGUGGAAAGGGUUUUACACAAAUUUCAAAUCUUAAAGUCCACAUGUUAGUACACACUGGAGAGAAGCCUCAUAAAUGUGUCCAUUGUGGAAAAGGUUUUGCACACAAUUCAACUUUUAAAGCCCACGUGCGAAUUCACACUGGAGAGAAGCCUCUUAAAUGUGUCCAAUGUGGAAAAUCAUUCAGAACAUCCCAAGGUCUCCAACGCCACAUAAAGACCUGCAAACUUGUCGCUUUUCGGCGACAAUCGCUGUUUUCUUGGUCAUUUGGGUCAUUCACGUGAAUCGCGCAGAACCGGAGAGUUCAUACAUGUGUAUGUAUUAUGUACAAUAAUAUAUAUAGUAAUAUAUAUAUAUACAUUAAAAAGUUAUGUAUAUAUAUACUGCCCCCGCCCCCCCCCGCAAAACAUUUUUAUAAUAUGAAAAGUGAAUAGACUACCGGUAGUAGAGAUGUUGAAAGGCUUGUUAAUAUGUUGUUAUAAUGUGAAUAGACUGAUCGAUAUGUUGGGAGGCUUGUUAUUAUGUUAUUAUAAUGUGAAUAGACCGAUCGAGAUGUUGGGAGGUUUGUUUUCCCUCUUCUUUUAUUUGCUUUUAUUUUUAUUGCUGUUUGCUUUUGUUUGUGUAAAGCACAUUCAAUGACCCCUGUGUGUGAAAUGCGUUAAAUAAAUAAACUCGACUUGACUCCUCUCCUCCUCUUGGUGCUCCUUGCUUGCUUCUCAUCGGACUCUCUUCUCUCUUACACACUCAUUUCUCCUCUAUUCUACACACACUCCUUUCUCCUUUAUUCUACACACACUCACUCCUUUCUCCUCUAUUCUACACACUCACUCCUUUCUCCUCUCUUACACACUCACUCCUUUCUCCUCUAUUCUACACACUCACUCUAUUCUACACACUCACUCCUUUCUCCUCUAUUCUACACACACACUCCUUUCUCCUUUAUUCUACACACACUCACUCCUUUCUCCUUUAUUCUACACACUCACUCCUUUCUCCUCUCUUACACACUCACUCCUUUCUCCUCUAUUCUACACACUCACUCCUUUCUCCUCUAUUCUACACACACUCACUCCUUUCUCCUCUCUUACACACUCACUCCUUUCUCCUCUAUUCUACACACUCACAAUAUUCUACACACUCACUCCUUUCUCCUCUAUUCUACACACACUCACUCCUUUCUCCUCUAUUCUACACACUCACUCCGUUCUCCUCUAUUCUACACACACACUCCUUUCUCCUCUAUUCUACACACCCUCACUCCUUUGCCUUACUUACGGUGGCGUCAAACCAUUGGGCCCGUUUGACUUAUUCCCGCAUGGUGCAGAU